GUUUUGGUUUUACAACUGUCGGCCCCGGAAAGUGCUUCCGCUGUUUGGAUUUUGCCGCUUCAACAAAAAGUUUCCGCCAAUCCUAAUCAUUUUGGUCAACCCACCCAAGUCUACACAUCACAGACAAAGUGCCCACGACUUUUGGAAGAUUUCGAUGAAUUCAGCGUUAUCGGUCGUGGUGGAUUCGGCUGUGUCCUCAAGGCGAGAAAUAUCAUUGAGGAAAAGGAAUAUGCAAUCAAGUGUGUUCGGAUUGAUGAUACCCAAGCGGAUGUCCUACUUCGAGAAAUCCGUGCCCUAUCCAAAUUGCAACAUGACAAUAUUGUUCGCUACUUCACUUCGUGGAAAGACAGAUUUGAUGCGGAACUGCCUCUGCCCUCCAUGCCUCUGGCUGAAUCCAUGUCCGCACAACACGAUCCCUUUUCUGAAACCUGUUCCACCUCGACCUCUUCGACCGAAGAGGAUCAUCCGGUGAUCAAAAAGUCAGACAAUCAUCCUCCUAUCUGUCCGGAAGAUCCUAUCUCAGUUGAAGAUACAGCCGACUGGAUUGAGGUCGACGGACGGCGUCGGGGAGUUCGACGUGCUCAACCGAGUCCGCCACGAUCGUCAGCAACCGUUGCAGACGAGGAUGAGCUGUCUUGGUGCCCUAAUGGCACCGCCAGUUCGCCACCGCAAAGUCAAUUCUGUUCCGGGUUCUUCCAUCGCUUGGGAUCUGCGUCAAGCUCCGGAUCGGAUUCAGAUGAUGAGUCCGUGGAAACGGUACCCGGUGAAGUCGAUGAGGUUCACAUAUCAUUUCGUUGUCCUGACGUUGAUGAUGAGGACGAGUUAGAUGGUCCGGCAAUGCCCGCACAUACAGGGACGUGCACGAACCCUUCAGGUUCAUCAAGUGACGACGAUGAGUCAGAGGAGGCGGAUGCAAAAACACUGAAGUCCAAGCCCGAGUUUCAGUAUUUGAUCAUCCAAAUGGAAUUGUGCGCCACCAAAACAUUACGUCAUGUGAUUGAUGAGGAAAAUCUGUGCGCUACCCCGGAUCGAGCGUGGAGUUUGUUUCGUGAACUCACCCACGGUCUGGCCUAUAUACAUUCGAAGAAAAUAAUUCACCGUGAUUUGAAACCGGCCAAUAUCAUGCUGGACGCAAAUGAUCACGUGAAAAUUGUGGACUUUGGAUUGGCCACGCGUACAGCUGAAAAGCAAGUGGUCAAUGCACGUCGAGAAGCGGAAGUGAUUCAGCGAUGCUCGGAGCUGUCCUUAGACGGCCCCGAUCCGGAUCCACAAGCGUUCAGUGUUCGUGGGAUCGAGUCCAUCUCAGACCGUCUGAGCGAAGUAGGCUCGUCCAUGCUGGGUCGUUCGAUGACGCGCUACGUUGGCACCUUUUUCUACAUCAGUCCAGAAGUGCAAGCUGCCAGUCGAAAACAUAUGUUCUAUGAUGAGCGUGUCGAUAUUUACAGUUUGGGUAUCAUUCUGUUUGAGAUGUUCUAUCAGGCAAUGCCAACCGUUGCGCAACGUGUGGCUGUUCUGACUGAUCUACGAAAGGAACAGGUGAUUUUUCCGGCUGACUGGCAGUUGAAAAAAUUAGCCAACCAGACUCGGCUCAUUCGUUCCAUGCUUCAGCAUGACCCUAAUCGACGCCCCAGUGCCUCGGAUAUACUAGCAUCAUCCUGGGUACCACCACUACAAGCCACCGAAGCGGCUUUCCGUACGCAAUUACAAGAGAUUUGUCGGGAUCCGGAUGGUAAAUUGUAUCAGUUUGUGGUACAGACACUGUAUACCCAAUCCUGUUCAAGAGCCAUGGUGGGUUCUGUUCAAAAGAAUCACGUUUUCCAUCAUUCGAAUUUUAUGCGAUUUUAUGUGAUCACGGGAUAUGGGGAUAAGAAUACCACCUGUUAUCUGUCGUCAGGACCUCUUCACUCGUGUAUUCUUUAUGACUUAUCUAACUGUUACUAUACCUUUUCCCAUCAAGCUUUAGCCAAAAACUGCAAUCCUUUAGCCUCAACCCGCAAUCCUUUAGACUCGACGCACAACCUUUAG